CAGCUCCUUAGCGAUAAGGAAUCGCAGCACCUCGUGGCGCGUCGCAGCGUGAGGCCGUGACUGCCAGGACGCUAGGCGCGGGGCCGCCGCGGCGCCGGGCAGGGCUUCGCGCCAGUCGCCAGUACCGCUAGCACCGCCAGCACCACCAGCACGACCAGGACCAGCAGCAUGCGGAGCGUGUCUCCCCCCCGGCCCGGGCCUCGGCCCGCGCUGUAGAGCACUUGCGCGUCUCACCGGCCCCGCCUCGCCCCGCCUCCACCAUGGAGGCCGCCAUGGCCAGCGGCAACGGCUCCGUCGAGGACCCUGCGCUGGCGGCGCUGGGGCUGGACAACGACACCGUGAUGUCGCUGGCCGACGCCUGGGCGGGCAACGUCACCACCACGCCCGUCAUGUCGCCCAUCUUCGACGGCGAGCUCACUUCCACCGGCUUCCCCUACAACGACACCGACUACCACACCUACGUGCUGCCCAUGUGGAGGCAGGUCCUCUGGAGCGCACUCUUUGCUGGCAUGGUGAUUGUGGCGGCCUGCGGCAACAUCAUGGUCAUCUGGAUCGUGCUGGCCCACAAGCGCAUGCGCACCGUCACCAACUACUUCCUGGUGAACCUGUCCAUCGCCGACGCCAUGGUGUCCAUGCUCAACGUGACGGCCACGUACGUGGGCAUGCUGCACAACAACUGGCCCUUCGGCCGCCUCUACUGCAAGCUGUCCCAGUUCGUGGCCGUGCUCUCCAUCUGCGCCUCCGUCUUCACCCUCAUGGCCAUCUCCAUGGACCGGUACAUGGCCAUCAUGUACCCGCUGCGCCGGCGGCUGGGCAAGCGGACCACGCUGGGCCUGGCGCUGGGCAUCUGGGUGGUGGGGUCCGCCAUGUCCUCGCCCAUGCUGUUCUACCAGACCACGGACGUGGUGGACGGCGACCGCGUGCUGUGCUACGCCGAGUGGCCCGACGGCCCCACCACGCGCAGCCACCAGGAAUACGUGUACAACGUCGUGUUCAUGGUGGUGACCUACUUCGUGCCCAUCACGCUCAUGGGCUACGCCUACCUGCGCGUCGGCAUCGAGCUCUGGGGCAGCCAGAGCAUCGGGGAGUGCACCCAGCGCCAGCUGCAGAACAUCCAGAGCAAGAGGCGGGUGGUCAAGAUGAUGAUGGUGGUGGUGACCAUCUUCGGCGUGUGCUGGCUGCCUUUCCACCUCUACUUCAUCGUCACCUCCGAGAUCCCCGAGAUCACCAGCUCGGCCUACGUGCAGGAGGUCUACCUCGGCAUCUACUGGCUGGCCAUGAGCAACUCCAUGUACAACCCCAUCAUCUACUGCUACAUGAACUCCAGGUUCCGGCGUGGCUUCCAGGCCUUCUUCUUCUGGUGCCCGUGCGUGCGCAAGCCGGCGGCCACGCUCACGCGCAGGGAGGCCGUCACCUCGCGCUACUCCGUGACCGGCUCGCCCGACCACCACACCCGCGUCGCGCGCAACGCGCCCUGCCGGCCCUGCCGGCCCUGCCCCUCAGCCGGCUGGCAUGUAUCUCGGGGCGCGCCCGACCUGGUGCAGAGCGUCGUCAUGGCGACGGCCGAGCCCGCCGCCAUCAUGGCCGGCAUCGGCCAGGACUGCUGCACCCCGCUGCGGCACCGCGAGGCGUGCGUCACGCUCAACAGCCUCGACGAGGACGACGACGAGGACGAGGACGACGACGGCAGGAAGUCCGUGCAGGUGGAGCUGCUGUGGGACGAGGACGACGCGGCCCUGGCCCUGGCCGAGGCCCUCGCCGAGGAAGGGGUGUGACUGUGUGAGCAAGGCCGGCACGCGCUCGGCACUGACGCAGCUCACCCUGGCCACCACGGACCCGCACCACUUCACCGGCACCGGCCAGGUGCACCCCGGGCCGGUGCGCUGGCGGCAGCCGUCUUCCUGACACGAGGACCUACGCGCCAACCGACAGGCGCGGGUGCAGACGUGGCUGUAGGGCUGUGAGCCCCUCGGGCCAGUGCCCUGUGCGAGCAGCCCGCUGUAACACCACUCUGUAGCAGCCAGCUAGCAGCCAGCUAGCAGCCAGCUGUAGCAACCAGCAGCCAGCUGUGGCACACUGAAAAACCAAACGCGGUCUACACCACACCACUGGUGUGGUCAAAUGGGUGCCAUUUUGACCGCAUCAGUUGGUGUCUAGACCAAGUUUGGUUUUUCAGUGAGCCAGCGUGGCCGCAGGGCCACUGGCCUGGCGGCCCUCACCCCGAGGGCCUCACCCCGUCUCCCAGUGGGGGGCUGUCCGGGGCCUCGAUUGACUGGGCGCAUGGGGCGCAUGGCCUUGCCCCGUCAGACUGUGUCAGACGCAGCUCGGCGUCGUGGAGUGUCAUUGGGGAGUGUAAUCUCAGAAGAAAUGCAUGACUGACCGGCCAGAGACUGGACGUCCCGACGAGGCGCGUGCGGGUUUCCUUGGGGUUACUUCGGACUGUGGAGCAACCGUUCUCGGCACAGAGGACGACAGAGGACAUCGUGUUUCACGGGAACGCCUAUCUCAGUACCUGGAGCGCAGUUACUUGUACAAUGUCUAGACAUACUUUUUUGUGAUUUUCUCUGUGUUAAUUGUGUAUGUAAUGAAGAAUAGAAGUUAAUUGUGUGUGUAAUGUGGAAUAGAAGUUAAUUGUGUAUGUAAUGAGGAAUAGAAGUUUUGGAUCGUGAUGAAAACAGUUUGUUGUAUACGUGCCAAUGUGUCUCUCUGCACAACUUAAGCUCUCCUUUCUUCCGUACCAAGCAACCAAUCAGGUUGAAUUAAAGUAUUUCGGUGUGAAGUAGUAAUUGUAAAUAAAAUGUGAGCAGCUUAUUUUCUAGUG